AUGCAUCUCCCAACGCUCUUCUACUCCCUCGCAACCCUCACCAUCGCCACUGCCGUUCCCGUUGCGGCGCAGGACCCCAAGGUCACUGCAACUCCCAUAAAGGCCAUGGUGGCUCCUUCCCAGGCUCCUUCUCAGGCUCCUUCUCAGGCUCCUUCUCAGGCUCCUUCCCAGGUUUCUUCCCAGGUCUCUUCUUGGGAGAUGACUACGCCUAUGACGCCUGUUGGGCCGUACCAGUGCCCACAGAAACAAUUUAAACGGUGCUGCAUGUCUCUCGAGGAGACAACCCGAAUGCUUUUCAAGGGGCUUGGCGACCUUGUUCCACCUCUUGGGAGCAUUUCGGUCAGCUCGCAGGUUUCAUUUCAGUGCAAGGACAUUCCCGAUAAUGUCUCCCCAAAUACCUGUGACCAGAAAGGGUAUGCCCCGAUGUGCUGCAACCCUGAGUCCGGAGGUUCCGGCGUUAGUGCUUGCAAGCCCUUUGAGGAGGUGAAAGAGACAUACUACAAGUCCUUUGGGUACCACAAAAACGAUGAGACUCAGGCAGAGUAUAUCGAGGACGCUCUAUCAUAA